CAAAUCCUGUGUUGAUACAAGAACUAGUUGAAAAGUUGCCAGCUCAAAUGCGCCUACAAUGGGCAAUGUUUUCUAGGCCGUCUUCAGACGCUAAUCUGAAGGCGUUUAGCGAUUGGCUGUUCGACUUGGCAGACGCUGCCAGCAACGUUACAUCAGUUCUUUCUGCUAGCAAUCCUGAGUCGGAGAAACGCAAAGCUCAUCGGGUAAGUGUUCAUGCGGAGGAGAAGAAUGCUAGCAGAGAAUUCGCCGAACGGGUUAAACCCAAAUUAUCAUGCUAUUUAUGCAAAGAAUCUCAUGUUAUUUUAAAAUGCGAUAAGUUCAAAAACUUAGGUUAUGACGAAAAAUGGAAUGAGGUACGUAGGUUGCAGCUUUGUAGGUUAUGUUUACGAAAACACGAUGCGAGAAGCUGUCGUGAGAGGAAAGCAUGCGGCGUGAACGGUUGCACCUACAAACAUCACCCGCUUUUACACAAAACCUUCGAUGCUCAAACAGCAAUUGUGGCUCAUCACAAAGAAGUAAGUAACACGCUUUACCGUGUUGUACCAAUAACGAUUUAUGGAAGAGGCACGUCAUGUGACGUUUAUGCCCUUUUAGACGAUGGAUCCGGCCCAACUCUUAUUGAGAAAAGUGUGUUGCAACGUUUGCAGGUGCAAGGUGCUAAAGCAGAUUUGUGUCUUAAAUGGACAGACGGCACGGUACGUGUACAGCGGGACUCCGAUUGGAUCGAUUUAGAUGUAUCGCCGCGUGGGAAGCAAAAGAGGCUUACUCUGCGUAACGUACGCUCCGUGGAUGCGCUUGAUCUUCCACUUCAAACAAUGGAUAUUACGGAGCUUGCAGGAUUACAUAAACAUCUAAGGGGAAUUCCAGUUGAGUCAUACCGCAACGUUGUGCCACAAUUAAUAAUUGGAUUAAGCAACAAAAAUGUGAUGAUGCCACUUAAGUUUCGUGAAGGCAAAGCGCAUGAGCCAGCUGCCACCAAAACCCGCCUUGGAUGGACCGUUUAUGGUGUCAUAAAUACCGACGAACGACAGAACGUUGACAAUAUGCAGCUACAUGUUUGUGAGUGUGAUGACGAUGUAGCCUUGCAAAAGUUGGUCACAGAGUACAUGUCCCUGGAGAAAAAUUGUAAUGACCGGGAAAAUAAUCAGUUUCAAAGUACAGAGUUAAAUGAAAUGCGAGGCAACGUUAAGCGCAAGGGAGAACACUUCGUAGCAAAGCUGCUAUGGAAGUCGGAGAGCACUACUAUGCCAGACAACUAUCCCGUGGCUUUGCGUAGACUCACAUGCUUCGAGAGAAAGUUAGAAUCGUCUCCCGAUCUUAGGUUACUUGUAAAUGAACAUAUUCGCUCAAUGGAGGAAAAGGGGUACAUUCGCAAAUUAAGCACAAGCGAGAUUUCCGCCUAUCAUCCUCGGAAGUGGUAUUUGCCAAUAUUUGCGGUGCGAAAUCCAAAUAAACCACAGAAGGUCAGAAUAGUGUGGGAUGCAGCUGCGGAGUACAAAGGGCUCUCCUUGAAUUCAUGCCUGGACAAGGGCCCAGACUUAUUGACCUCUCUCUUUGAUGUUUUACUUAAUUUCCGGAUAGGGAAAAUUGGGUUGUGUGGCGAUAUCUGCGAAAUGUUUCACAGAGUGCACAUCGAUGAAGAAGAUCAGCAGUCGCAGCGUUUCCUGUGGAGAAACUGUGAGGAUGCUCGUCCACCAGAUGUCUACAUGUUGUUAGUGAUGAGUUUUGGGGCAAGCUGUUCGCCAUCCCUAGCUCAAGUUGUGAAAAAUUUAAACGCUUUAGAGUUCGCCGAUACGCACCCAAAAGCAGCUAAAAGUAUUUUGGAGAGGCAUUACGUCGAUGAUAUGCUCGACAGUGUUGGUACGAUUGACGAAGCGGUUCAAUUGGCUACGAGUGUUCGUGCGAUCCACAAGCACGCAAAUUUUCAUAUUCGAGGUUGGCUAUCCAACUCCAAAGAUGUCGUCGAAGCCUUAGGGGAAGCAGGCGAUGCACGCGAAUUUUGUGGCGCUGCCAAACGAGUAGAUCAGGUAGUUGAAGCAAGUAAGGUGCUAGGCAUGUGGUGGCAGACGUCUGAUGACACACUCACAUACAAUUUGAAAUUCACGAAGGCCAACGAUGAAAUUCUGCGAGGAGCUAAGCUUCCAACAAAGAGGGAGCUGUUAAGAUUGCUGAUGUCUAUAUUUGACCCGUUGGGGCUAUUAACCUUUUUCUUAAUCGACGCUAAAAUUUUACUUCAGAAGGUAUGGCGAAGUGGUAUUGGAUGGGACGAUUCUAUACCGGAGCAGUUGUCAGGUGAGUGGAUGAAGUGGUUAUCCUUUCUUCCACAAGUUCAAAAUAUGAAGGUGCCCAGAUGCUAUUUCAGUAUAGCGAGCAGCCAAGCAAGCAAUAUCGAGCUGCAUGUAUUUGUAGACGCUGGCGAAAACGCUUACGCCGCGGUAACGUAUCUGAGGAUCGGGACAGGUGAGGACGUCGAAGUGUCGUUGGUGUUCCAAAUCGAAGGUCGCACCUUUGCGCCCUGUAUCUAUACCUCGAAUGGAGCUGCUCGCUGCGGUGAUGGGUGCGAGGCUAGGGAAUGCGGUGGUAAAAGCACUCGACUGCAAAAUCGAUCGUGUGCGCUAUUGGACGGACUCCAAAACCGUUCUCUCGUGGUUGCGCUCCGAACGUAGAGGAUAUAAGCAAUUCGUUAUGUUUCGAGUGGGAGAAGUGCAGGAGUCUACCGAUAUAUCACAGUGGAGCUACGUGCCUUCGAAAUUGAACGUCGCCGACUUAGGAACGAAGGCGACCCCAGUACCUGAUUUUUCGAUGGCUGGACAAUGGACCUCCGGACCUGCGUUCCUCCGUCAGUCAGUUGAGACAUGGCCAAGCUUUGAAAGCAAUCAACAAGAAGAUGGACAGCACGAGCAUGGGGAACUACGACCAGAACUAGUCUCAAUUAAUGUAGUAGAAGAUCAGCCUUUGAUAGAUCUUAGCCGUUUUUCAAAAUGGGAACGCCUACACCGAAGUGUGGCGUACGUUAAGCGAUUUGUAAAUAAGUUAGGUGGCAUCCCUAUUAGAGGUAGCCUUAGCACCGACGAGUUAGCCUGGAGCGAGACCUAUUUAUAUCGCC